AUGGCGGAGAGUGGUGGUCGGAAGAUCGGAGUAGCGGUGGAUUUCUCGGAGUGCAGCAAGAAAGCUCUGAAAUGGGCCAUUGACAACCUCGUUCGCGAUGGUGAUCAUCUAAUCCUCCUCACCGUGGCUCACGACAUGCAUUACGAGGAAGGAGAGAUGCAGCUCUGGGAGGCUGUUGGAUCACCUCUGCUUCCUCUGAGUGAAUUCUCUGAAGCUGCCGUGAUGAAGAAGUAUGCAGUGAAGCCAGAUGCUGAAACCCUUGACAUUGCCAACACUGCCGCUAGGAAGAAAUCUAUUACAGUAGUGAUGAAGAUAUAUUGGGGAGAUCCUCGUGAGAAGAUAUGUGAAGCUGUUGAACACAUUCCUCUCUCAAGCCUUGUCAUCGGUAACCGAGGCCUUGGUGGCCUUCAGAGGAUGAUAAUGGGAAGUGUUAGCAACCAUGUUGUGAACAAUGUGGCAUGCCCUGUAACCGUCGUGAAGGCUCACCACUGA